AUGGCGGGCAGUAGCGUGUGGAUAGUAUGGCUUGCCCUUGUAGUCGUUCAGCUUGGUUUUGGGGCGUAUGGAGUGAUUGUUUCGAAGUUUGCUAAAGAGAACCAAGCUGAUCCUUUGAUUUUUAGCCUGAUUCGAGAUGCAGGUUGUUUUCCGGUGCUUCUGUUGGCUGCUUUCGUGUCGGAGAAGACAAUUCAAAUUCCAUCAUUGAGGUGAGGGUUGAACUUUUUAAUUUAAUCGUACGUAUCCUUUUAAUGUUACCUGCCGAGAUUAUUUCUUUGAUAAUUCAAGUUAACAUGUUGGAAAAUUUCUCUUUUAUUUCCCUGUGAUUAUAAUUGUGACAUUGAGAGCAAGGACCAUUAACUUGUCAGGCGAUUUUUAGCUAAACAUAUUGUCAUAUCUCGAUCGAGCUUCUUAAAUUUGACUCCCAGUUACAAUUUAAGCCCCUGGAGAUUCAUUUUAUAUUCUCUAUUUUCAGUUUCGAUGAUAUCUCUUAUUUAAAUGGCGUCCAUUUUUUGUUUAUUGGAAGCAAUUAAAUUUUACGAGAAUGGUCACUGAAACCGUCAGGGUCUUUGACAUUUAUAGCUGGUACCGGCAGCGAUUACGAUUGACUAGAUAAUCAGAUCACAGGUAGCCCAAGAUGAAUAAAGCACAGUGGCGGAUCCAGGGGAGGGGCCAGGGGGACCUGCCCCCCUCCCCCCCCUUUAUUUUUAGACCAGACUGAGGCCUGAGGGGCCGAAAAAAAUUUUUUUGGAGACCCUCCCCCUUAUCUAAGGGUCUGGAUGACCCCCCCCCCCUUCUUUUCUGAAGGUCUAGAUCCGCCACUGAAGCACAAUGAGAUCAGGAUCGAAAUCCUGGAAGAGGCCUUUCCAAUUCCACAUCUGUCACAAGUUGGGAAGAAGCUCUGAACAACGUCACAAUACGAUCCACUAAGUUUAAUAAAAUUACGGUAGGCCAGAUCUCUUUCAGAUUUACAAACACACUUGGGAUGUGUUUCUUCGGGAAUUUUUGCUGGGGUUCGAUAAACCAGUUUUGCAUUUCUUCACUAAAAUCCGAAAAAAGAAGCCAACCUCCGAAUGGAUUCUUUGCGCUUUUACGGGCAUGGAUCCGAGAAAAAUGCACCUUGUAGGCGGUUUUCAUAAGAAAGUAUGGGCUCUACCAUAUUUCUGCCUGUCACCCCAGUAUUGUGUUUACGCUUCAUUUUCGACUGUACUGUGUUUUAUCUUUCAUGUGUGCAAGCCAAGGGCGAUAAUAGACCAUUGUACAGUGGUGGGCUUGGCAACCCAGCUUUUGAGUGAACGUAAAGCAAAGUCGUCCCCGGGCUCUUCUCGUUUUCCAAUAUGGUGGCGGUGACGGUGGCGGCAUAUUUGAUACAAACCUCCUUCCUUUUUUUAUGGAAAUUACGCUUAAAAAUUCUAGUUAGCUCAAGAACAUGAUUCACAGGGUUGUAUCAAAACAAGGCCAAUUCCAGCCUCGUUUCUACCUGCUUGUAACUGUAAAAUGGACUAUUGGGCGAGAGGAAAAUAAAGAGUAAUGAUUAUAAAGUAGUGGUGGGAAGGGGGGAUUUUGCUAGUGAAGUCCUGACGUUAUUUUUUGUAAUUCCACAGGGAACUUCCUUUGUUUAUUGUUCUCGGGCUAACAGGAAUGUUUGGAAAUCAGUUAUUAUAUCUUCUUGGAAUUUACUACACAAACGCCAAUAUUGCGUCAAUAUUUCAGCCCGCCAUUCCUGUAUGGACAGCAUUGCUCGCUAUCAUUGUGCGAAUAGAACCGUUCCCAAACUUCCGCACUUUGCACGGCUGGGCUAAGUGUCUCGGAAUUCUUCUGGCUGCGGUGGGUGCCAUAGUAAUGACUCUACAAAAGUCUUCAGGCAAAGCAGCAGAUCACGGAACAUCUACUAGUGAUGAUAUCCACUUUAUAGGGUACAUUUUUCUGUUAGGAAACACCCUUUCCAUGGCCGGGUACGUUCUUCUCCAGAAAAAGUUCAUCUUUGAUAAAGAAGAGUCUUGUUGGAGGACUAAACCCGUCACAGUGACAGCCUGGAGUUACAUGUUUGGCACAAUUUUCAUGGCUUUGGCCUCACUUUACUACGUCAAUAAGCCCGAAAAGUUCACCUAUUUCCCCGAGGAAGAAAUUUACCCCAUUCUCUACGCCAUUUUCGUAGCCUCUGGCCUCUGCUAUCUUUUAAUUUCCUGGUGCAACAUGCAGAUUUCUGCGUCACUUGUCACUGCAACCUGGCCUCUUCAGGUCUUGUUCUGCGCCAUCCUGUCAUAUUUUGUUUUAGGGGAGGUCUUGAAUACGUCAGAAUAUCUUGGGGGCGUGCUUAUCGUUUUCGGCCUCAUGGCUGUCGUUUGGUCAAAUUUCGCCGAAGAACGAAAAAGAAAAGAGGAGGAAGAAAUGUUAAACGACUCAUACGGCUAUGUUAAAGUAUCGCAGUAUGAUACGUUUGUACCCGAAAAAUCUCAAACCGAGGAAAAAGCAAUAAACUAG